AUGGGCAGCCGUAAAUCAAAGCUUAUUUCUUCAUCCACAGAAUUAACCACCAAACAAGUAGCUGAAAUCUGUCGUCAAACAAAUUUGGUUAAUACUGAAGUUCGUCGUCGUCAUUCAGAUUUUCUUAAACAAUAUCCUGAUGGUUUAAUCACACGUGAACAAUUGUAUGAAAGUCUUAAUGAAGUUUGGCCAGAAUGUCAUAUUGAUAAAUUUGCUUCAUAUCUUUUUGCUACUUUUGAUCGAGAUCGAAAUGGAACAAUUGAUUUUGUAGAAUUUAUAAAUGUCACACAUAAAUUAGAUUCAAAUGAUAUUUAUGAACAUAAUGAUAACGAACAAGUUUUUUUCGGAUUACUAUUCGAUAUGUUUGAUCGAAAUCAUAAUGGAUAUUUAGAAAAAAAUGAAUUAAAACCAUUGAUUGAAUCGAUAUAUGAUUUAUCUGGUUUACCAGAAGAUGAAAGACGUGGAAAGUAUUCAUCUCAUGCUCAAGUUCAAUAUUUAUUAAAAAAAUUUGAUAAAAAUGGAGAUAAACGUUUAUCAAAACGAGAGUUUAUUGAUCAAGAAAAUUGGAUAAAUGAUGAAAGACUUGGACGAUUUUUUUUCAGUUAUUAUCACGAUAUGAAUAAUCAAUAA